AGCACACGACAACUUCCACUAUCUCUCUCGCUCUUGAGAGAUAUUUUCCUCUAAAGCAUUGCUAAACAUGGGUGACGGACCGGGCAGAAAGUAUGGCUUUCUCCAAGAUAUCAUAUUGAUCGUUUUCGCGAAUGUCUCCGUCUACUACCUUGCGCGCCAUGUCUUGUCGAGUCUCCCAGCGCAGACGGAUCCGGAGAAGGAACAACAUGAGCAGGCGCGGUUAAGAGCUGCUGCGAACUUACGGCGCCUCGACCGAGACAACGAUUCGGCUGAGACGAGCGAUGGGGAGGCGGGUGGCAAGAGGGGCCCGCCGCCGCCGAGGAAGGAGGACUUGGUUCUGAACCAGUACGAGAGCCAAAUAGCAAUGGAGGUUGUUGCGCCGGAAGAUAUUCCUGUGGGCUUUGACGAUAUUGGAGGACUGGACGAUAUCAUCGAGGAGCUUAAGGAAUCUGUUAUUUACCCUCUAACGAUGCCGCACCUGUAUUCACAAACAUCUUCAUUACUCUCGGCUCCCUCGGGAGUACUACUCUACGGUCCUCCGGGUUGCGGCAAGACCAUGCUCGCAAAGGCAUUAGCACAUGAGAGCGGCGCUUGCUUCAUCAACCUGCACAUCUCUACUUUAACCGAAAAAUGGUACGGCGACUCGAACAAGCUCGUCAGCGCCGUCUUCUCCCUGGCACGUAAACUGCAGCCGAGUAUCGUCUUCAUUGACGAAAUCGAUGCGGUUCUUGGACAACGACGAAGUGGUGAGCACGAGGCAAGCGGAAUGGUCAAGGCCGAAUUCAUGACCCUCUGGGACGGCCUCACCUCCUCCAACACAGAAGGCAUCCCCGCACGCAUCAUGGUCCUUGGUGCCACCAACCGUAUGCAAGACAUCGACGAGGCGAUCCUACGUCGCAUGCCCAAGAAAUUCGCCGUCUCGCUACCCAACAGCAGCCAGCGCCGUCGCAUCCUUAACCUGAUCCUCAAAGACACCAAAAUCGACACCGCAAACUUCAACGUCGACUACCUAGCGCGCGUCAUGGCGGGUCUGUCGGGGAGCGACAUCAAGGAGGCGUGUCGUGACGCAGCUAUGGCGCCAGUGCGUGAGUAUAUCCGCGAGCAGCGCGCGAAGGGCGUUGCGAUGGAGGGGGUGACACAUGAGGGUGUGCGUGGGGUGCGGACGGAGGAUUUCUUUGGAAGAAAAGGGGGCGGACAGAUCUUGACGGAUAACCAUGAGAGGCAGCAACGGCAGGCGGGGAAACAGACUUCGAAGGUCAAGGAGUUGGAGUCGAGUGAUGAGUAUGAGGAUGUGGAGGAUAGUCCGAUUGCUGAGUCUAUGGAUUAAAGGGGUAAAGGGUAAGAUGGCACAGGCGUUUGGUAGAGGAAUAACUGGUCGGUGGCUGGUCUGUGACUGGCAGUGGUCCCAGUUACGAGUAGAACAGAGUGUAGGAAUGUGUAUAGUAGAACAGGUUUGCUGUGUCUCUGGGUGAGGGACAGCACAUAGCAUAAGUUAAUUGGAGGGUUUGAAGACCAAUAAUGCUCGGAU